AUGGCGGCCGCACCACUGAUCCUUUUCGAGCGCAAGCGUAGGCCUCUUGUGUUGCCUUUUCAACUGAAACGGGUGAAACAUAACAAAGGACAGACAAUGGAUUGUGCUGUACAUGACUUCAAGAAAACUCUUAAAAAAUUUGGCUUGAAGGAGGCAUCUUCCCCUCGGCAUUGUCAUUUCUUACUGUUUUUCUGCCCCAUUAUUUCUCGUGCUGGAACUGACAUUGAAGCUGCAGUGAAGUACCUCAAUGAAGUGAAAGUUAUUUAUCAUCUGUCAUCAUUGCCAGUCAUCAUGGUGGUGUUCCAUCACACGCUUGACCCAGAGAAACCUAUACUAGACAGCAACAGGGUUAUAACGAGCGAGGACAUAUCUGCAGUGGACUGUCUGUUCGAUGACACUGGGUUACUCUCAUGUCAGAAGAAUUUGAAUGCAAUUAGUAAAAUUGCGAAGGACUUAAAAUCAGAGAAGCAGACUUUAUAUUAUUGCUUGAAAAAAGAUCAUGAAAAUCUACAUCCACCUAGAGAUGCAGAAAAUGAUCUCUUAAUCCCUGAAAGAUCAGUGCCUCAUCCGGUUCAGAGGAGAGCCAUUUCUUUCUGCGGGCUUUGUGAUUUAUCCGUAAAUACUAUUGUUGUUAUUGUUGUUGCUGUUGCUGUUACUUUUGUUCUGGCACUAAUUGUGAUUAUUUACUACAAAAAAUGA